CCCCGAGCAGAGAGGGAUCUCAUCGCCAGCUUAGAUGGCUUCUGCGUACAAGACGACUUUGAUGUCGUUGUAACCGGUCUUCCCAAACCUUUACAGUGCAUAUGUCUACAAACCUUGGUGGGUACACUUCUUGCCAAGGAAUGUAUGGUCAGAUUCUUCAUGAAUGCCUUUUGGUACCUUGUUCCUCAGCCGACCAGUGAUGCUGGCGAGGAGAAGCCACCGAUAAACACUGCUGGCUUUGAAGACCAGAUCCUGACCCUCUAUCGGAAUAUGCUGGAUUCUAACCCAUCUGAUGCCCAUCACUGGCGUAUAUGGACCACCCGUUUCUCCAAUGCAGACAACGCGUUUGGGAAUAAUAUGGCCGCCCAUCGGAAGUCCAUGGUCGACAGGAUAUGCGAAGAGAUCUUUGGCCAAGAGCUACUGCAGUCACUUCUCCGCAACUCGGACCAAAACUCUCGGGAUCAAGCCCUGGGCGAAUUGAAAGAGCACUUCAACUUUGCCUCCGAUCUCUCUGUGAGAAUCUCCGCGAAGCUCCAGUAUCUGCACAAUCAUCAAUUAAAUGGCCGGCGUAUCUUGUACAUGCAGUCUCCUGCUAUCUGGGUUUGUGAAAGAUAUGACAUUUUUCGCCGUCGGUCUCUUGAACGCCCAGCUACUGUCUAUGUUGAGGAUCGAGAAAGUCCGAGUAGCUCUUGA